AUGACUGUCGCCCAAAAUGUGGCUAUGUUCGUCGUCGGGCGAAUGAUUCUAGGGGCUGGGUCAGGGACUUCCUCCAUCGCAUCAUCGUCGUGGCUCGCGGAGACACUGCCCACAAAAUACCGAGCCUCUGGCUUGACCUUUAUCUUUACUAUCUACUACGUUGGCGCUCUCAUAGCUGCUGGUGUCACGUACCGGACCUCCCAAAUAUCUGGCGAGUGGUCCUGGCGGCUGCCUUGCAUGUUGCAGGCUGUCUUCAGCCUAUUCUGCCUCGUCGUGCUUCUCUUUGUCCCAGAAUCUCCCCGCUGGCUAGCUCAUAAGGGCAGACUGCAAGACGCCUUGGCGUCAAUUGCAUCAACUCACAGCAAUGGAGAUCAAGAUGAUCCAGCUACACUGAUACAGCACCGAGAGAUUGUCGACAUAUUGGAGUGGGAGCGCUCGUCCGGCCAGAAGAUGACGUAUGCGGAGGUUUUCCGUACUCCAAGCUCGAGGAGACGUUUGAUGCUAGCGGUUUCGAUGGCAGUCCUUGCGAUGUCGAGUGGUAACAACAUUGUUUCGUAUUACCUGGGAGACAUGCUCACGAAGGCCGGGAUCAGCAAUUCACAGACACAGCUUCAGAUUAACAUUGUUCUAAGCUCUUGGUGUCUUAUCAUUGCCUGUAUCGGAACGUACCUCAUGAACAUCGCUGGCAGGAAGACAAUGUGUCUGAUCUCAGUCGGUUUCAUGACAGCAUUCCUUUUUCUGGUUGGUGCUCUGACGAAAGUCUACGGGGGCGGUGAGAAUACUUCAGGUGUUUACGCAACUGUGGGUUCUGUCUUCCUAUUCCAAGGAAGCUACGCGAUUGGCAUCACCCCGCUUACAGUCCUCUAUCCACCCGAGGUGCUCAAUUAUUCAAUUCGGAGCAAUGGAAUGGCAGCCUGGACGUUCGCAAUCACAUGUGGCGGUCUAUUCAGUGUUUUUGUCUGGCCCUUUGCUCUUGCUGCCAUCGGUUGGAAGACUUACAUGAUCAACGCUGGAUGGGAUGCCGUUCAAUUCGCCUUUGUGGCGUAUUUCUGGAUCGAGACAAAGGGACUUACCCUGGAAGAAAUCAAUGCCAAGUUUGAUGCACUGCAUGAGACAGACAGUUAUGGCACUGAGGGUUUGAGCCGAAGCGGCAUGGUUCUUGAGGGGGUUGCAAAAACGACAAGCAUAGACGCGGCUAGCUCUGUCAAAUUGCAGAAAGACGGCAGCAAAACCGCCACUGAUAAUCUUUAA